CAUCACCGACUGUCGCCAAUUGCCCGCCAGAGCUACGCCGCCCGCCCCUUUGACAUUGCCAGUACACGCCCCAUUGUACCCCCCCUCGCGCAAUUCGCACAAUGCUGGCCGGCGCACUCUGCCGCUUGGCAGCCGACAUCCCCAGAGCGUCCCCACACAAUGUGCCGCAACUCGCACGCCACCUUGAGCGCGUGCUCGUCAUUCGCAGCGCCGCUGAAUCCUCCCCCGCCUACGCCUCGUCGCGCGCCUAUGCGUAUGCCCGCGCCUAUGCUACGACUACACGCGCAACCAAGCCCACGGCCACGGUGAAGAAGGCGGUCAAGGCGGUCGCAAGCGAAAAGACCCCGCCAAAGAAGAAGGCUGCACCGGCAAAGACGACUGCAAAGAAGCCAGCAGCCAACAAGACAAAGAAGAAGCCGGCGGCUAAGAAGAAGGUGGCCAACAAGACAAAGAAGAAGCCGGCCAAGAAGCGUGUGAAGAAGCCACUGACCGAGGAAGAAAAGGAGAGGGCCAAGAUCCGUCAGCUGCGCGCAAAGGCCUUGAAGGAGCCCGUCACGCAGAGGACGCUCUCGGCCUACAAUAUCUUUAUAUCUGAGGUCAUCAAGGGCAAACCAAGCAGUAGCGACGAUCAGCUGUCCAAGAUCACGAAAUCUACUAAGGAAUUCAAGAACCUGUCACCCGCACAGCUCGAGCACUACAACCACCUUGCCAAUGAGCAAAAUGCCGCAAGGAAGGCCGAGUUCGAGAAAUGGAUCCUGAAUUACACCCCGCAACAGAUCCGCAUUGCCAACCUCGCUCGCACCCAGCUGCGCAAGAGACUCGCCGACAAACAGAAGUCUCUCCCCUCUCACACUUCCAAACUGCACGACCCUCGCCACGUCAAGGCCGCACUGAACCCCUACGCCUUGUUCUUCCGAGACAGACACGCCAGCGGCGACUUAAAGGGCAUCGCUGCUCCCCAAGCCUCCAGGCUCAUUGGUGCUGAGUGGAAAUCAUUGAGCGAGAGCGAAAAGCAGAAAUACCAAAGCGAAGCUAAUGCUCUAGCUACCAAGCAGUAAGAUGUAAAUACUAUAUGUACACAAUUACCGCCCUUGCAUUACAUGAGCAGGUUACCUUUCCAAUACCCUCGACUUGCCUCUGUUCUACUUUAACCCACACUCUAUGCGACUAUAGUUCCUUUUUUUCCCUUUGUAUGUCAGUUAGAAGGUUUUAAGGGAGGGGGGGGAAUGUAAUACCACUGUGCACCCAUCUAGUCUGGCUACUAGAUCUUUGGCGGUCGGUUUUUCCAGGUU